UCCACCGGCUCGUUUUCACAGUUGCACUGAUUUUUGUCUGUGGAAUUUUUGUUCUGCGUGUGCUAAUCUCGGACUUCGUAUUCCCGAUUUCUCUGCAGAAGCAUGAGCGCCACUACCCGUUACUUUCGUGAAUUAUGGUCCGGCGCGUGGGAAGUCAACUACGGCAACACGGUGCUGGCGCUGCGCGACGGCGGCCAGUGGUGGUUGGGCUACGUGCAAGACGUCAACGGCCCGCACUUCCUCGUUGAUUUCGAUGCCCGCAGCGUGCCGGCCCAAUGGAUCCACUCCAGCCGUCUCUGGCCGCACCACUUUCUGUAUAAAGAUCUGUUCCCCUUGGUCACGGACUCCCUGCCGGUGGCGCUGCGAGACAGCCACGAUGGACCGAUGAUCUUCCGUCCCGCCACGAUCGUUGCGCAGCGGAAAGCCCGGGUACUGAUUGUGCGUUUGGGUGACAAGGCCCAGGAUCGUUCCCAGUCGAACACUACGCCACCAGGGAAGGGCUAUCUUGUGUACCGCAACCAGUGCACCCGUCGCCUGCCCGUGCCGGAGGACGGGCAGAAUUUCUUCCAGCGCACCGAUGGCCUUACAUUCCGCAAACAUGUCAUUCCGUUCCCCGGGGCGGGUGCACUGCGCGCCGUGGACAGUCUGCCGGCGUUCGUGGGCCGGGCCUGCCAGUUCGCCCUGGGUAGUGGCGAUUAUUUCGAUUACGACGAAUACACGGGUGAACACUGUCCCAUCGGACGGCGCGUACGCAAUAAUCUGACGACAUUCUACUCGAUGCCAGUGCGUCCCGGGAACGGCUUUGAGCCGCAGCACAUCAGUUACGGGGCGCACGUGGGUGUGCGCGUCUUCGUGCGCGCGGCAACGGACACGCUGACGUUCGUCUGUCUGGAGCUGCAGCAUGCGGCCAGCGGGCGCCGGAUGUGGUGGGAUGAGGCGGCGCUGAAGAAGGCUUGCAGGCGAUAUCUCCGCAAUCAGUCAGCGCUGGCGAUGGACGCUUUCCCGGGAGCGCUGGAUUACGGCUCCACCGAUGACACCGUGGCGGACGAGGAAGAAAUGUCCAUAAGCCAACUUUCGCUGCCGAUCUUGACCGGGAUUCUCACAAAUGUGGAUGCCGAAAGCCAGUUCCGCUUCUCCCGAGUGUGCGCGUUGUGGCGAGAGAUUCUGGGAAAAUUCACGGAUAAGCGGGUGGUGAUGCUGGACAUGGCCGGGAAGAAGCCGUAUGAGCAGGAAUGGUGCCUGGAAUCCGAGUAUGGGGAGUACCACCUCCUGGCCACCCUGGACCGCUUCAUCCGCCCCGACACCGAGACACUGCUGCUGAUGGGCGACGGCCAGGUCACGCUGCCGGGCGGCGAUGCGUGGCUGUACGGAGCCCAGUUUGUUCUGGAGCGCAAAGGCAUCCGUUUGCGGAAAAUCAUUGCGGCUAACGGGUACGAUGAGGCGGAUUGGUCAGCCGUCCCUUUUCUGAGCCUCCCGGUCGCCGAAGGCAAGGGCAUGUUCACCACGCACGCUCUGACCACACUGCUCAGCGUUUGCGACGAGCUAGUCUUGGUCAACUACAUGGCGUCGCCGUCCAUCUGCUCCUCCGCCCGACUGCUGCUGUUUGACUGCACCGGCUGGCAUCCGCCGCUGGAGAAGCUGAUGCGGGACGAAAGCGAGCAGCACCUCGGCGAUGUGGUGGUGGUCAUUCCGCAGCUGCGUUUCCGCCGCGGAGAACGUGUUGCGGAACAGUUGCGGCGCUUCGUCGCCGCGGCGGCGGACAGCUGUCCGGCCGUCGGUCCCCAGGUGCAGAAAAAGGUCGCGGCGGUGUAUGAGCGAUGGGUGAAGGAGGUGAAGAAGGAUCGCAAAUGGAUUAAGGGAAUUCGCCAGUUUUUUAAGCAGAUGGACAUUCCUCGUCCCUCCGGUGAUCCUCUGCAGUGGGACGCCAUGUAUGCGCAGCGUCUGCGCCAACUGGACGUUUCCACUUUGAAUAAUCUGACGCUGGCAGCGCUGCACGGAUGCUACCAAGAUUUUGCAGACUAAUUGUGCAGUUGAUCGGAUAGCCGAUAGGAAUUAUUUCGCGCGCAGUUGGGUUUUACAGGUUUUAACUGGUCCUUUUUUAUCAUUUUGUGCCUUAGCGGACUAAGUUUUUUUUUAUUCAGUCAGCUAACAAUAAGCAAGUUGCUCCGGUCGAAUAUUGGAUUAAUCUCAGCCGAAUUUUUUAAUGUUAUUUUCUCGUAAAUUCUGUGCUGCUGACUGAUGAUGAGUUCAACAGCCAAAAUGCCGACAAUAACAGGGCAUUUUUUAGCAUUUAUUAACUAUGUUGAUUAAUUUUUAA